AUGACGCAGGUGAUCCCGUGCUUCCCAUAUGCCCGGCAGGACCGGAAGGACAAGAGUCGUGCUCCCAUCACAGCCAAACUCGUAGCGAAUAUGCUCACAGUGGCAGGCGCUGACCACAUCAUCUGCAUGGAUCUCCACGCUUCACAAAUACAAGGCUUCUUUGACGUGCCCCUAGACAACUUAUACGGAGAACCUGCCAUCCUGAAGUACAUCAUUGAGAGGAUGGGCUUCGACCUAGAGCAGAUCAAGGACGAUGUUGUCAUCGUUUCACCCGAUGCCGGAGGUGUGAAGCGUGUGACAUCCAUCGCCGAUCGCCUGUCGUGCGACUUUGCCCUGAUCCACAAAGAGAGGAAAAAGGCCAACGAGGUAUCCUCCAUGACGCUCGUGGGUAGUGUCGAGGGUAAACACUGCAUCCUCGUAGACGACAUGGCCGACACUUGCGGAACUCUGUGCAUGGCUGCGAACCGAUUGCAGGAGUGCGGAGCGUUGUCCGUCAGUGCAUGCGUCACGCAUGCUGUACUAUCAAAUGACGCUGUAUCGAAGAUCAACAAUUCUGUGCUGACGAGUCUGGUCGUCACGAAUACAAUUCCGAUUGCCGACAAACAGGCGGUAUGUGACCGAAUUAAGGUGAUGGAUAUUGCCCCCAUCCUUGCCGAGGCUAUCCGCAGAACUCACAAUGGAGAAUCGGUUUCAUAUUUAUUCUCACACGUGCCUUUGUAAGUCGCAAGUCGCCAACCACAGGGGAUGAUCGAUUGGGAGGCCUGGUAUACGACCGGACCUUCCAAUAUUUUUACAACCCCUGCGUAGCAGAUAUAAAUUUAAUGAAGUAAAAAUUGUGUAUUUCGGUUUGCAUCUACUCGUUGUCAGCUGGGUAUAACAACACAUCUAUAAGGCGAUCAUUACGUAUGAAUGAGUCAUCAACUCUUCGAUUUGUUUGUAUACUGGUCAGUGGUCUGCAGCACG